CGCACACUGUGUACGCACACUCCGUACAGUCACCUCUGGGAACGCACAGACAUUCCAGCGGGGCACGUCCAGCUGACGAAGCGAAAAAGCUCAAAGUCCAAAGUCCAAUCCGUAAUUGACCGCGUUCAAGCAGGGCAUGCGCUUCUUCGAACAUCCAACGGGUUGCGAAUACCCAAACUUUGCUGUCAACAGCACCGGUUGACACUUUCCCCGGUAUUCGGCGAAAGAAGGCCAGGGACUUCCAAGGGCCUGCGGUCCUCAGCGUGCCGCAGGCUCUGCCACAACGCUUGACCUGUUGUGCUCGUUCCACCACUUCCGCCCCGGGCCAGCCUGUCCCCCGUUCGACAAAUCCCUCCGAUCUCUCCUGUAACCUCCACAAUGCCUAGAUGGAAGCGAAAACGACCCGAGGACGAACAACAACAGCAACAACGACAGCACCAACAGCGCUCUGCACUUCAUCCUUCCCCUUCCCAUUCCGCUGCCCCCACUACCGAAACAGUGACGCGUCGCACGACGCGUCAAACCCCGAUCCCUCCGCCCAUCAUCCCGACUUCCGCGUCUCCGCUGCGGUCCGGAUUCGGAGAGGCCACCGGUGUAGAAUCGCAACCAACGAAGCCGAAACGCCGGGGACGUCCCCCCAAAUCGAAACCUGAAAUCCCUGCGUCCCAAUCUACCGUUCCCAAUACAGCUGCUCCGUCCAGCGCGUCGACGACAAGUGCCUUACAAAUCCAGAUCGGUGGCUCCCUGCCAGCCAUUGCCCAACCCGUGGCACCCCAGCAUCCGGAAGAUCAACAUCGGGCAGCGGCACCACAAGAACCACGUAUGACAAGACGACGCGGCAGCGCCACCAUGAUGGCCGUGCAUAACCAUCCGGCGCUGACGACCAAGGAUGUCAGAAGGUCUGGGAGUGGGCAACCUGCUAACGGCCUCGUCGCCCCCGAGAUCUCGUAUCAGGUGGCCCAACCUCCAUCGCAACCUUGGACGAAAACCCUUAUGCGCCCAAGCCCGCCCACCAGUUUGCCCCCGUCGUUACAACCGCCCCACCACCAACCAUCUCGUCCCCCGACAUGGAACACCCACGUGCUCGUCCCAAACAUACCCUAUGUCUCGCCCCAGUUACUACAUCAAUCCACUUCCAUCCUGCCACAGAAAUCCGGGAUUCGGAAACCGGAAGACGAGAAGAACAAGCCGAAACCGCUUCCACGUGCCGACCGCAACAUCGAUAAAGUCGUGUUGGGCGACAUCUGUUUCCGUACUUGGUACCCGUCCUACUACGGCAAGGAGCUCCUGGGGGAUGCGUCGUCCGGGUACGCUGGCAAGGCCGGGUCAUCCCAGUCGUCGUCUGCGAAGGGGACGACCAAGAUGGGAGGCGCCGGUACAGCGGCGGGCGCCAGCUCUGCCAAGGGGUCCACCAAACACAAAAGUGGUAGUGGCGGCGAAGUGACCAUGCUCGACCGGCUGUACGUGUGCCCCUAUUGCUUCAAAUACUCCAAGGAGUUGGUGUCGUGGCUGGGACAUGUGCGAUUCUGUGAACGCAGCGGCAGGAUGCCCCCUGGCCGCAAGAUCUACACGCACCCGAGGGGCCGCCGGUCGGUUCUCAGGGCCGUGCCUGAGAUCAAGAGGGGUCCUGGCAAGAGAACCAAUAGCGGAGUGCGCCACGUCGAGGAGGUGGUGACGGACUAUGGGGAGUGGAGCGUGUGGGAGGUAGACGGAGAGCAAGACAUGCUGUUUUGUCAGAAUCUUUCCCUGUUUGCCAAGCUCUUCCUCGACACGAAAUCUGUAUUUUUCGAUGUGACCAAUUUCAACUACUUCCUGCUCGUCUACACGCCGCCCCCGCCUCCCGUUGCGAACCCAGCACCCGGUUUUCCCCUCGACUCUCAGGUUCCGGCAGACACAGCGGAUGCGCCGCCUCACCGGCCACCACAGGUCGUGGGCUUCUUCUCCAAGGAGAAAAUGUCAUGGGACAACAACAACCUGGCUUGUAUUCUUGUAUUUCCGCCGUGGCAGCGUAAGGGAUUGGGUGGCCUGUUAAUGGGUGUGUCCUACGAGAUGAGCCGCCGCGAACGCAUCCUCGGCGGCCCGGAGAAGCCCAUCUCCGAACUGGGCCGGAAAGGAUACAAACGCUACUGGGCGGGCGAGAUCGCGCGAUGGCUGCUAGGGGUCAACGGGAUCGCAAGCCCUAUGGGCGAUGGGUCUGAGCAGAAUGAGGUCGUAGUGGACCUCAACGAAUGCAGCCGGGGGACAUGGAUUGCUCUCGACGACUGCCUCGUCACGUUACGUGAGAUGGGACUCGUGGAGGAUGCGGGCAUGGGGGCGGCUAAGAGGCCGGCGCAGACUCAUACUGACGAAGACGAGGUGAUGGGAGAUGCCAAGGCACAAAAAGAGGUCAUACCGGUGGUUCCGAGGGUGCGCAUCGACAAGGAAGCUGUUCGGCGAUGGGUGGCAGCGAGCGGUAUUAGCCUGGAGAGAGCAUGCGAUCCGAACGGGUUCAUAGAAGGUUAUGCCAUCAAGCCGAAACGGGAAAACGAGGGAGAAACAUGAAUGUCUGUCCGCGCAUUAUCAGAUCAGGGGAGGGCUUUUCUUUGCCGAUUUUCUUGUUAGUAUAUGAUACCCCGGCUGGAAAUAUAGCAGACUGAUUUCUUUGUGUG